UUGCGCUCUCGGUGGUCACCACGUACUCGCGCUCCAUCCCGUCCGUGCGCGUGCUGACCAUGUCCUUCGAGUUCAUCGGCUCCAUCGUGGCCAUGUCGCUCUUGGGCGUGGUCUUGAGCCUGUCCGUCUACGUCGUGUUGCGGCCCGCGCUGCUCGGCCUCAAGACCUGCCUCCUCGCCGGCACGGCCGCGGGCAUCACCGUCGGCUUCUGGGCGCCCAUCAUGGACCGCUUCAGCGUGCUGUGGCUCGCCCACCUGCUCGUCGACUUCUUCGUCUACAACUUCAACAUGUGGUCGCUCAUCUGCUUGGUGUUCGUCGCGCUCCACUGCGCCAUCUUCGCGUCCAACUCCUUCGUCGUCUGGGAGGACAGAAUGGUCAACUGGUUCCUCUCCACGUUCGGCGCCUGCUGCUUGGUCGCCGUGUGCGUCUCCCCCGCGCCGCCCCGCCAGAAGAUCUUGGGCAUCGCCCACGCCAUCACCUUCCUCGUGCUCUCGCGCGUCGUCGCCUCCAUCAACUUGUGUCGCGAGGAGCAGAUGCCCUACUGCACGCCUUCGUUCGCCCCCUCCCGCUGGAGCGUGGGCUUGCUCUACGUGGCCGCGCUCAUCCUCCCGAAAGUCGUCAAGUCCUUCUACAACCUCCUGGCCUCCUACCACUCGGCGGCCCCGUUGUGGAUCGAGUCCGGCUUGAGCCUCAUGAUGCUCAUGAAUGCGGUCUACUGGACCUUGGACCUAAUCGAGACCGACUCCGUGGUCGCGGCAUACUGGGGCACCUCCUUCGACCUCGGGCUCGUCAAGUCCUUCAAGUUGGCUAUCGCGCGCAUCGUGCUAUUUUCGUCCCUUGUGUUGGCUAACUUCAGCUGGUCCCGAGGCCCGCUCUGCGUCAAAAUAGAGCUCUCUCCGGCAACAACAACAACAAUAACAACGGGCCCCGACUUGCCGCCUCGCACCGCGGACGCGUCCACAACCGCCUCCUCCCCUGUUCAGCGUGGCCCGGCACCACCAAGGCAGCCAUCCGCGACCAUCUUGGGCUACGGCAACGUGUAUGGCUCGUCUUACUUCUUGCUUGUGCUCAACUUGGCCGUAGCAGUGCUUUUGGUGACAAAGCCCGUGGGGGCACUUUCCAUCUGCAUCUUGGUGGUUCAGAUCCUCACGCUUCUCGAGCUAUACGACCUUCUUGAGCUCCGACGCAACUUGAUCGCCCCUGUGGUUUUCAGCUUGCUCGGCUAUCAGCAUUUCUUCAGCACAGGGCACCAGGCCACCAUCCCGUCAAUCCAAUGGGACAUUGGCUUCAUGACCACAGAAACAAUAUUCUUCCCCUUCACCCACUUGAACAUCUUCCUCAACACCUUCGGUUCUUUCUUGAUUGUUUGCUCGGCGGUGCCACUCAUCACAUUGUGGAAAAUCCCGCCAUCUGCAAAGCCCAUAACAAUGCUCUCCCAAGUGGUCACAAACGUUACCACGGUGCUCACGUAUCAAAUCCUCACGAGCAUCAUGAGCUUCCUUUUCGCUGCGAUUUUCAGAAGACACUUGAUGGUGUGGAAGGUUUUUGCUCCUCGCUUCAUGUUGAGCGCCCUUCUUUUGAUAGUGCUCAACGUCACCCUCGCUAUUUUCACCAUCUUGUUUGCCACAGGCAGGCUGUUGAUGCAAGUCAAUCGCAUUUUCGGGAGGUGACUUUGGUCUUAUAGAAGCGGUGUUCGGGGUAUCAAGACGCACAAGCAUAGUCCACUUGGAUAUAGAGUUUAUAGGGGACAUUCCGCUACUGGCGGGUACAUCAAAAAUAAGAUACAGAGUCUGCCAAUGCAUGUUGCUCGACCUGCUGCUGUGUUUGUUCUGAUGACCGUUUGAAAGCACUCUAAAGAUGGAACGUUGAAUGAGCAGCACUAAGAUUUGCGCAAUAAGUAGGUGUCGAAGCGCCUGGCCCUAAAUCCAAAGCGCUGCGUCACAUACUUGAUAGUAAGAAACAAACUCUCUUUUCCCAAAUCAUUAUAUUUCCCGUGUCAGACGACGUACA